UUAAUGGCUGGAAAUCAUGCAUCUACUCUUCCUUCACUUCUUCCCCUUCUCUCUCUCUCUCUCUCUCUCUCUGUCUCUCUUUCUCUGCCAGUUCACAAAACACCAAACCUCGGAGUUCUCAAAUCUCUUCAGUAACCGUUUCUCAUUCUGAGCUCAGACUUUCCCAGAGGCACACAGAUUUGUGCACAGAGAGAGAGAGAGAGAGCCCUUUUCCGACCAAUGGCGGGAGACCAUUCGCCGCCCGACUCCGCAGCCUCCACGGUGUUCCUCCACGGCGACCUCCAGCUGAAGAUCGCGGAGGCCAGGCGCCUCCCAAAUAUGGACCUCGUCUCCGAGCGCCUCCGCCGCUGCUUUACUGCUUUCGGCUCCUGCCGCAAGCCCUUCUCCGGCUCCGGCGGACGGCGGCCCCACCUCGGCAAGAUCAUCACCAGCGACCCCUAUGUGGCCGUCUGCCUGGCAGGGGCCACGGUCGCUCGCACCCGCGUCAUCCCGAACUCCCAGGACCCCAUCUGGAACGAGCGGUUCCAGGUCCCGCUGGCCCAUCCAGCUGCCCACAUCGAGUUCCACGUGAAGGACGACGACAUGUUCGGGGCGGAAAUGAUCGGCGUCGCGACAGUCCCCUCGAGCCCGGCUCUUGUAUCCGGGGAGCCCGUCGAGGGGUGGUUCCCGAUAAUUGGCGCCAAUGGUAAGCCCCCGAAGCCCGACUGCGCUCUCCGCCUCGAGAUGAGAUUCACUCCCUGCCAGGACAGUGCCCUGUACACGAGGGGCAUUCGGGCAGAUCCCGAAAACUUCGGGAUCAAGAACUGCUACUUCCCGAUGAGGCGGGGUGGGUCGGUGACCCUGUACCAGGAUGCCCACGUGGCGGAUUCACAUUCGCCGAGUAUCGAGCUCGGGAAUGGGAAGCUGUUCAAACACGAGAACUGCUGGGAAGAUAUCUGCCACGCUAUCCUGGAGGCUCAUCAUUUGAUCUAUAUCGUAGGCUGGUCGGUCUAUCAUAAGGUGAAGCUGGUGAGGGAGCCCACAAGGGAAGUCCCCAGUGGAGGGAACUUGAACCUCGGGGAGCUUUUGAAGUAUAAGUCUCAGGAAGGAGUGAGAGUUCUGCUCUUGGUUUGGGAUGACAAGACCUCCCACAGCAAGUUCUUCAUCAAUACGGCGGGAGUGAUGCAGACACAUGACGAGGAAACUCGGAAGUUCUUUAAGCACUCGUCUGUUACUUGCGUGCUGUCCCCCCGCUAUGCCAGCAGUAAGCUUAGCAUUUUCAAGCAACAGGUUGUCGGGACUUUAUUUACUCAUCACCAGAAAUGUGUGAUUGUGGACACACAAGCACGUGGAAACAACAGGAACAUUACUGCUUUUAUAGGAGGCCUGGACCUCUGUGAUGGCCGUUAUGACACUCCUGAACACCGCCUCUUUCGGGAUCUUGACACCAUUUACGAAAACGAUUACCAUAAUCCCACUUUUUCUGCUGGGACUAAAGGGCCGAGGCAACCAUGGCAUGACUUGCACUGCAAGAUCGAGGGUCCUGCUGCUUACGAUGUGCUAAAGAACUUUGAGCAGCGAUGGAGAAGGGCAACAGCAUGGUCAGAGUUCAGAGAACGUUUCAAGAAGGUUACUCGGUGGCACGACGACGCUUUAAUAAAGAUAGAAAGGAUCUCAUGGAUACUGAGCCCUUCUCCUUCUACCACAGUAGACGAUCCCAGUUUAUGGGUUUCCAAGGAGGAUGAUCCCGAAAAUUGGCAUGUUCAGAUAUUCCGGUCGAUUGAUUCCGGUUCACUGCAAGGCUUCCCCAAAGAUGUUUUUGCUGCAGAAUCUCAGAACCUUGUCUGUGCGAAGAAUCUGGUAAUAGAUAAGAGUAUUCAGACAGCUUACAUUCAAGCAAUCAGGUCUGCACAAAAUUUCAUUUAUAUCGAGAAUCAGUAUUUUCUCGGGUCUUCAUAUGCUUGGCCCUCUUAUAAGAUCGCAGGUGCUGACAAUCUGAUCCCAAUGGAACUUGCGCUAAAGACUGCGAGCAAAAUUAGAGCAAACGAAAGAUUUGCGGUCUACAUCGUGAUCCCUAUGUGGCCUGAGGGAGUCCCUUCCUCUGCUUCCGUCCAAGAAAUUCUCUAUUGGCAGGGACAGACAAUGCAGAUGAUGUACGAAAUCAUAGCAGAGGCAUUAAGCUCCUCAAAUAAUCACGAGAAUUCUCAUCCCUGUGACUAUCUAAACUUUUAUUGCCUAGGGAAUCGCGAACAACUGCCCAACGAGAUGUUAAAUCACAAAACUGAUCAGACAUCAAAUGGCAACACUACGGUUUUGGCUUCUCAAAAGUUUCAAAGAUUUAUGAUAUACGUCCAUGCCAAGGGAAUGAUAGUGGAUGAUGAGUACGUGAUAAUAGGAUCGGCGAAUAUUAACCAACGUUCAAUGGCCGGUUCGAGAGACACCGAGAUUGCAAUGGGAGCCUAUCAGCCCCAACAUAUACAGAGCGGAGAAAAAAAACGGCCACACGGCCAGAUAUACGGGUACAGGAUGUCAUUGUGGGCAGAGCACUUGGGCAUACUAGAAGACUGCUUCAAGGAACCCGAAGAUCUGUCCUGCGUGAGGAGUGUGAACAAGAUUGCACAAGAUAACUGGAAGAAGUUCACUGCCGAGGAAUUCACAAGAUUACAGGGCCAUCUCCUCAAGUAUCCCAUUGAGGUCGAUGCAGACGGUAAGGUAAGCCCCUUACCUGGACACGAGACCUUCCCCGACGUCGGCGGGAAGGUGCUCGGUUCUCGCACGACACUUCCCGAUGCUUUGACGACAUAAGAGACUUCGGGGGUGUUUAUACCCUGUUGUUUUGUUCCUUUAUACAUUCUCAGAAUUGUACAUUAUUUGCACAUUACUGCCCUCAAAUGAACAAUCAAAUAUUACUCGACUUCUGUCGAUUUUCUUCA